CAGCGCUCAAUCAGUUGACGAGCGAGCUGGAGAGCGGAGCGCUGAAAGCUAAGCGCCAACAGCCAACAGCCGACAGCCGCCAGCGGUUCGAUUAGCAGCGACGUGGUGAAGUUUCAUUAUAUGUAUUUUUUUGGCCAAAACAAGGGGGGAGUGCGAAAAACCACAGUCAUUUUUGGCCAGAAUGCGAGCCAACUGAUUUGCUGGCGAGACAAGAAGACGAAGAAGACAUGGCACAGCUAAAGAAUCCGGGCCAAGGUCAGCCGGCGGCUGUCGUUGGCCCAACGCUAGCCUCGGCCAUGCUGCUCAUGGGACUCGUUUUUGCACUGAUCGGCAUCAAGCUCUUUGGUUUCCGGCGACGUUUGACUUUCGAUCGAUCGCAGGUGCAGCAGCAGCAGCAGCAGCAGCAAUCACAGCAGCCGCCGCCACGUUACGCAGCCUUUGAAUCGCAGGUUAACGGCACCGAUUCCGCUGUCCAUGGAGUGUUCCGACGUCGCAAUCUCGAGGAAUUCGAAAGCCCAUGGCCAUCGGCAUCAACGCCAGCGACGACGACGACAGGAAACCGCUACAUGACUGGAAGUGUUCCGAAUCUUCAGCUCUUUGGCGUCAGUCCCAGGGAAGCUCAAAGAACCAAGGUGUCCUAUCGAGAAAAGACACUGGAGCAGCGACGCAGACGCUUGGAGGUGAAUAGUGAGCAUUAUGAGUACACAGCUCCACCGACCCGUCAGCCGCCAUCUCCUCCAACACAGCCAGAAAUGCUAGCCGAAGACCAGCCUGCUCCACCAGCUGCUCAGGAGCCGGUUCCAUCGGUUACACUACCUAAAAUAGUUCCUGAAGUACCCAAAACACUGCCUCUAAUUGCUCCCUUAAACCAAUCCAUGUCUGCAGCUCCUCGGGAGGCAGUUUCAGAGCCACAAAGCGAACUUGGCAUGCCCAAUUUCGAUCACUUUGCGGAGAAAUAUGAGCUGAUUAGCGUCAAGCCUUGUGGAGAGGCUACAAGACCCACACAGCUCAGGAGUAAGGAUAGUGGACGUUAUGUCAAAUUCGAUCCUGUGGAUGAUGUGCCGGAACUGCUUACUCCAGAGGAUUCUCCACCAGAGCCUCUGACACCCGAUGAUGGACUGGAAGGAGCUCUGUCGGUGACAGCGGUGGUACACCGUGGAGCAAUACCAAAGGAAGAAGCUGCACAUGAACCUGAACCCACAACUGAACCUGAACCUGAACUCCAAGAAUCAAUGGAUCCCUUUGAGGAAGCUGGCAAAGCAGAUUCUGCAUUCGUUGUGGAAAUAAUAGCAGGCAGUCCGGAAGUGGAAACAACUCCCAUAAUUGAACCCACCACUCAGCAGAGUCUAUUUGAUGAUCUGGAGCUACCUCUGGGUAACCAGGAUAGGGACUUUCAACGGAUACGCAACUCUUUCGUGAUACACGAGGCCGAUAUCCUGGAUGUGGAUCAGCAUCAGCUUCCGGCGGCUAGCAGUCCGCCAGGAUUUGGCAAAAGCAUCGAUGAGGAUUGGGAAAACUUUGCAAAUCUAGAUGCAGUGGUUGAUGUUCCAGCACCAAACUGGGAUCUCCACCCAAACAGUUUGGAGCAAGUGCCUGCAGUUGAGACCACGCUAAGCGAGGCCACUCUCCAACUGGAUAAUGUGGAGCAGGUGGAAGGUCUGUUCCAUCAGCUGGAACUGCUGGAACCUAGAAUGGAGAUCUUUGAACCGGAGCCACAACCCAUUCCUUGCGUGGAUCCACCGCCAUAUGAUCCCGGUGUCCCCUAUUUGCCCGACUACGAUUCCCUGAUGCAGCUGGAGAGCUCAAGGGGUGGACAAAACCUUCCCAAAUACACCGAAGUGAUGGAGCAGAGAUCAAAGAAGGCCAACUAUGUAAGUAGCAUAGAGGAUCUGUACGAUGAACUGGAAGUUAAUGGCGUAGAAGUGGCCGGAUCACCCACAUCUACUGCCCAGAGCAAUGGUGUCAGUAACUUUGAAGAUUUGUGCCAGGAAAUGUCAGUGGCUGCGACGCCAUCGCCGCCCCGACAAGUUCCUCAGCCUGCCCCCCGAUCCUCAAGACCAUCCGCCACCCUAAAUGUGCGCGGUGAUACCGCUCCUCCCCUGGCGUGCUAUCAACCUGAAGAGCUGCCCAGCUCCAGUUCGAGUGAUGCCGAUGGGGAGGACGGAGCCCGGUCAGCUCCCCAGCCAGCCAGGCGUGACCCGAGAGCCCUUAAAGUUCGCUUCGAUGUGGAUAACCUGCAGUACUAUCAGUCAGCCGAAGUGGUGACCUCAAGUGGGUUAGAGUCCGAGGAGGAUGACUACGAUCUGCCUCGUCCCACACCCAUGCAGCGCUCAAUAGUUUUCGAAACACCGGAUAACAGACUGCCCAGCCUAUUUGGAGCUCAAGUCUCUCAGGGAGAUAGCGAUGAGGAGGACGAUGGUUUUGGACGCGCCAUCAGCCAACAUCGCUCCAUGACAGCGGCACUGAGGACGCAUAAUAUUGUUAGAGGUGACACUGAAGCGUAAUCCGAGACCGCUCAUGCCUUACAUCCUUAGCAAAUACAGUAUUUUAUAUGUUAAUUAUGAUUGCCAAACGGCAAUAACCAAUUUAUGUAUGUACAUAUGUGUGUAUGAUUCGCAGAUAAGUUGCCAUAUCUCUUUGACUAUAAAGUUUGUAGUAAAGUUUUGGCAGGAAAGCCAUUAAAGAUAAAGAAACUA